CACUUGCGCCAUGGAUCGUCAGCGUUAGAGGCACAGAUCAAAGAUUUUGUGAAAGACAUACAGUCCGAGCUCGACAAGCCUGGCAUCAACUCUUUCGGGAUUGGUGAUUUCAAAGCUCCGAAAGUCCUAGGGGACAUUCUAGAAUCUAUAGCCGGUGCAAUAUUUCUCGACACUGGUCUGGCCGCUGAUGAAGUCUGGAAGGUCUUCGAGCGCUUGCUCGAGCCAAUGGUAACUCCAGACACCUUGCCGGUUCAUCCCGUGAGAGAACUCCAAGAGAGAUGCCAGCAGCAAGCCGAGGGACUGGAAUACCGGGCCUCGAGAGAAGGAAGCAUUGCGACAGUGGAGGUGUUCGUGGAUGGCGUCCAGAUUGGCUGCGCACAGAACACACAGAAGAAGAUGGCGCAAAAGCUGGCUGCAAGGAACGCGUUGGCGGCGCUCAAGGAGAGGGACUCGCUUGAGGAAGAGAGCAACAAGGUGACCAAGAUGGAGAACGACAAGGCCAACGCUUUCACAAGGCAGACGCUCAACGACAUUUGCUUACAGCGGCAGUGGCCAAUGCCGCAGUACAGGCUGCUGAGCGAGAGUGGACCGGCGCAUGCCAAGAGAUUUACUUACACAGUGCGUGUAAAUACGAGGGAGCGCGGAUGGACUGACGAAUGCGAAGGCCAGGCGAUGCCCAGCAUGAAGAAAGCAAAGGACUCGGCGGCCUUGGUUUUGCUAGAGGUACUCAAACAGUGGGACGACAUAAAGGCACCCCUCAAGCCCUAAUUUUUAAAAAUUUAAAUUCAAAUAAGAAUAUGCUCUCCUAAAA